CCACAAAACUCCUUUAUCUUUUUUCCAUCUCUGUGAUCUCUUUUUCUCUGCAACUCUCUCAUGUUACUGAUGUGAUUCUCCACCCACACACACUAACAUAUCCAAAGAGAAAACUCAUCAAACUUUUGCAAAAGAUACAAAGCUUAAUUAGCCAUGGUUUUUCCUUCUCUUCCAACCUAUCUAGAUCCAUCCAACUGGUCACAACAGCAAGCAGGAAUUGAUAUUGAAACUCAAAAUUCAUUGCAUCUGCAGCAGCCAUCAGCUUCAACUGUUACAACAGCAAUCACAGUUGAAACUGAUGGCUGCUAUCAAGGGUCUAUAAGACCGGGAUCAAUGAUGGAUCGAGCUAGAAUGUCAAAGAUACACCAAAACGAUGCCGCCGCUGCUGCAGUACAAAAAUGUCCAAGAUGUGAAUCAACAAACACAAAGUUUUGCUACUACAACAACUAUAGUCUUUCGCAGCCUCGUCAUUUUUGCAAAGCUUGUCGCCGUUAUUGGACUAGAGGUGGUGCACUUAGAAGUGUUCCUGUUGGAGGUGGUUGUAGAAAGAAUAAUAAAAGAAGCAAAGGGAAUUCAGUGUCGAAACCGCCUUUAAAACCUAAUCGAAGUAAUGAUCAUCGGCAAGUCGGUGCCAGUGCUAUUGCAGGUGGUUCUAGAUCAGAAAAUGCAAAAUCUUCUUCUGGUAAUAAUAAUAAUAAUAAUAAUGGAGGCAAUAAUUCUAAUGUGAACUUGGGAAUGUCUCAUUUUCCAACUCAAUUCCCAUUUUUUCCUUCUUUGCAUCAUUAUAACAAUAAUGGCUAUGUUUCUCAAGGCAUUGAUUCUAUGGUGGCAAAAAAUAUUACCAAUACUACUAAUGUUGAGUAUCAACUUGGUAGAGAUUCUUUGGUUGGUGAACAAUGGAGGUUUCUGAAUCCGCUACAAGUUCAUCAUCAACAGCAAAAGCAACAACAACAACGACAGAAUCAUCAACAAUUCCCUUUCAUGACAAAUUUGGAACCACAAAAUGGAUUAUUUCAAUUUUGUGGAGAAAAUAAUGGUGAAACUCAAAGAAGUUUCACAAGUUCUAAGGCAAUGGAUUCUUCAAGUGCUAGUAUAGGAAUGGUGAAAAUGGAAGAAAAUAAUCAUCAAAGGUUGAGUUUGCCAAAGAAUCUCUUGAGUGGUUCAGGAAAUAGUAACGAUCUAUUUUGGAAUGAAGUUCCUAGUUUCACUCCUUCAUCAAGUGAGUUGUUAUGAACCUAUAAAUCUAGUGCUUUUGGUUCCUCAUAGAGCCAUAGAUUAUUAUGAUCAUAUAAUAGAAAUGAUUCAAGACAAACCAAAGUUUUAGAACCAUUAUUUCUCUUGCUAACCACACAAAUAUCUAUGUUGUGUUAUGAGAAAAGAUGAAGGAGAAGAAAUGGUUACAACGUAAUCAAGAGUUUAGUCGAGAGAUAAGUAAAAUCUGAUCGAUUUGUUUUUGUUAGGAUUUGAACUCAGAUUCUUCCAAACGAUUUUGAGUCCAAUUACUUGAUUUUUAUCUAGAUGAGAACCAACUUUAAUGGUUUCUUAUUUAAGUAUUAGCAAAUAGGAGAUUAAUAUUUGAAACAAGUGUUAUGUAUUUGUUUAUAUGGUUUUCUUCAAUGAUAAUUUCUUUGCUUUGUGUGAAAAA